AUGCCGAAAAGGAAGGCUGUCUCCAAACUUUCUGGCCUGGUCGGCUCUGACGACGAGGAUCCAAUGUUGCUUCCUGAUCGUGAAACUGUCCCUCAACAAGCGCCCGCAGAUGAGCCUCCCGCAAAGCGGCGGAGAGGCCGACCGCGAACUUCUUCCGAUGACAAUGUACAAGCCAAAGGCCCAUCAGCGCCAGCAAAACGUCAAAUUUUGUCUGAGUUGACCACAGAAGACCAAGGCGAUGACCCUUCAGUCCCUCAAAAAACGGCUGGUCGCCGUGGACGACCUCGUGCGGCCAGUCGCGACCCCGAAAUGGUCGCAUCGCAGAAACGAGCUGCGAUGAAACCAAUCGUUACAGAAGUGGCUUACGAGGGCGAGAAAGUCGACGAAUCAAGACUCUCCGAAGAAGAGCCAGUUGCGAAGACAACGAGAGCUAGCAGGACUGCUACAGCAGCUACACGCGGGAGAGGAAGGGGCCGAAGUGCAAGCGUCGCAAAGCCUUUGCAGAUGGACGGAGAGUUCGAAUACACACCCACCCGCGCACUCGCCCGUAACGGGAGGACGCAUGUCAGUGAUGGUGCACGACAGACCGACGGUCCAGCUGAUGGAUUGAUCGAGGAAUCUGUGCUGGAGAGCGACCAGCAAUCCAACACCCAUAUGCCAUCAUCAGUGGUGAAGAAAGCUAGGGCCCGGCUCAAUUCCUUAAAAAAUCGUGAUACUUCCCCGAGUAAGCUCAAGUUGGGGACUUUCAGUGAGCAUAGUGGCGAUCCGGAAUUGAGGCGUAAGAUCGGUGAAAUCACGAAGAAACACGAUGCAUUGGAGUCAAGGUAUCGCAACCUGCGUGAAAUCGGGCUCGUAGAAGCCAACUCGAACAUGGAGAAGCUUCGCAAACAAUGCGAGACCGUAACUGCAGCAUCGAAUGACCUUGUCGCAUCCCUCAGGGCGGAGCUGGAGGCACAGCGGGCUCUCGGUCUCCGAAGUCGCAAUCUACAACAACAACUCAAAGAUCGAGACGCUGAAAUGGCUGAACUUCAGUCGCAGGCAGACGAAGCACGCUCUCAACUCGCCUCAUCUCAGUCCGAAAUCAAGGCAUUGCAGACGAAACUCGCCGCUGCCCGGAACACAGCUGCGAGUCUCGAGGCGAGCAAGGUCCCGGGAAGCGCCAUCAAGGGUGGGAUCGCCAACCGUGCCACGGCAGCUGCCACUGCCGAGGCUGCCCAGGUCGCUCAACUUGCGCAAUUGAAGGAGGACUUGUACACAGAUUUCACUGGGCUGAUCAUCCGUGACGUGAAAAAUCGGGAGGCCGAUCAUCUCUACGAUUGUAUCCAGACCGGUGUCAAUGGCACUCUGCAUUUCAAACUCGCUAUUCCCAAGGUUGCUAGCUCAGAGUACGAGCAGGCAGAAUUCCAGUACCUGCCUUUGCUGGACGCAAGCCGUGACCGCGAGCUCAUCAACAUCUUACCCGACUUCCUCACUGUGGAUAUCACCUUUAAGCGAGAGCAGGCCUCCAAGUUCUAUACUCGCGUGAUUGAUGCUCUCACCAAACGCCGAACCAGUACUUCCUAA